AUGCAGAAAGAAAAGGACAUCCUCACUCUUCUGGCCCAGUUCGGUGAUGCUCCCGUGAAGAAGGUGCUUCCGGUCUUGCCUCGCUAUGGCCUCGUCUCUUUUGCCCCGUUUACUGGGUCCACUUUGGUGCGUGGGUGGAACCCCAACGUGUACUUUGUGCGCGCUGAUCCUGCGACAGAGCUGCUGGCACUUCUCCGCUACGCCGUGGCUGAGCUGCGGGUGCUUCGGCUGGGCUUCAUGUACCUGCAGGGUGUCUCCUUUGGCGAUCGCGAGUACGAGCAGGCACAAAGUGUGAUGUCGGCGAUGGGCUACGCGCUGAGCGGCGUCUUCACCGUGAAGAGAGCUGCGCAAGGUGGCGCCGACAACAGGGAGUUUGACGAGGCGUGGGAUCAGUUUGCCGCGACUCGGCCGCAGGCUGUGAUUGUGUUUGGCUCGCCUUAUCCGGAAACCAGGAAAUUCAUUGAGAAGAUGCUGACGGACAGGAGCACCGCU